CACAGCUAUCUGCACAGUUAGUUUCCAAAUAGAAAUUAUUAUUUUCAUAGUAAAUUAAUAAGAAAGAAAGAAAAUAAACUAUAAACAAAUUGAAUACUAAAUACAACAAUAACAACACUACAGUUCACACUCACUCUGAAUUCUAUAGUGUGUAUGUUAAAUUGUGAUUUGGGUUACAUAUAAAAUGAAGUUACAAUGUCAAAUCGAAAUUAUAAACAGACAACACAUUAAUUUAAAUAUUAAAUGUACGGGAAAGUAUUUAAAAUCAACUUUAGCUCUUGGCAAAGAACCUAAAUGUAAUGACUAUUUUAUCAUUCAUUUUUCAUCAGUUAAUAAAACUGGAAUAAAAUACAGGAUUAAAAAUAUAAAACAAGUAUUUGUUAAGUGUUUAAAUGAAGGAAAAGCUACAAUAAGAUUUGAAGAACCACCACAUGACUUAUGUAUAAAAUGUGAAACAAUACAACUGAAAUGUUUUAUGAGAUUGUUAAAAUGUUGUAUUACUGGUGACACUAAAAAUAUUCAGCUGUCUUCUCUUUCAAAUUUAAGUGUAACAUCUAAAGAUAAUGCUCCUACCAAGUUAGUUAUUCAUGAUAGAAGUGAAUUUCCUUCCAAAGGAUUUCCUCGGACUUUACUGAACCUUUACAUGUCUGGUCUUAAAUUAUGUAACUUCCGGAGGGAUAUACUACUGCUAAGACAGCUUGUUGUACUUGAUUUGAGCAACAACGAGAUAGAAAAGAUACCUCCUGAAUUUGGCAGGAUGCCCAAUCUACGUGAACUGAAUUUGUCAAAUAAUCAACUUGGUGUAAGGCAAGAGGUUGACUGGAGAUGGUUAUUAGGGCCAGAACUCACCAAAGUCUUGAAGCUUCUAGAUCUUUCUGGAAAUAAGUUAAAUAAUUUACCAAAAGCUAUUUGGAAGCUGCAUAAAUUAGUCACAUUAAAAUUAGAUGACAAUAUGUUAAAAAAGCUACCUUCUACUUUAGGACGCAUAAGCACCCUCAGAUAUCUUACAAUUUCCAAGAACUCCCUUGGUUCUCUGCCAUGCAGCUUGAUGCAAUGUCGUCUGGAAUACAUUGACCUAUCUACUAACAAAUUCCAUCAUGAAGACAAUACUCCUCAGUGGAACAAGCAUACUCCUUGGGAAUAUUACAUUGGCAGUUUAGUUAAUCUUGCUUCUAAAAAUGUACUGAAAAACAAAAUGUUCUAUGCACCCAACAUCAUUCCUUGGACCUUAGUCAAUUUCUUAGAUAACGCAAAUAUGUGCGUAUGCGGAAGUCCUGUAGUGAAUGACAUGUUUCACAUGGAUAAGGAAUAUGAACUCAAAGACUUUUUUAGAGUUGUAGUGUUUGACAACAAUAGAAACAGCUCAGUCGAUUUUGAAUGCUAUUUUUGUUCUCCGAAGUGUUUUAAUAGGUAGUUUAUAAUUAUAUUUAUUUU